AUGGAUCCAUUGGCUCCACAGCACGCCGCGCCCCGCCGCACCAAGGAGCUUUGGUUCGAUGACCUCUACAUGAUCGCAGAUGUUGCUCAAGGGCGCAUUGCCUCCCGUUACGCGACUCCGAACAACCACUAUUACCAUCUCCAGUACGCGUUGCAAAACAACGUUACAGAGCUGCGGCAAUCCUGCACGGCGCCGGCUCGUCGUAGGCUUGCGCCUGAGCGCAUUCUGGACGAGUACAUCGAGAUCGAGCACAGCAUCGUCGAGGCCUGGAAUCUGUCCCGCCUUGGUGGAGUUAUUCCUCGCGUUGCAGAUGCAGACGUGCCGAACCUUCUGUACAACUUCCCCAUUAGGGGUGCUGCUACAGAUAUUUCGCAAGACGAGGGUUUCAAGCUCCAGGUGCCGGACUUUCCCCUUCGACGUCGUGUCACUGGGUAUGAGCACCUCCCUCGGCACAUGUCCCCUGUCGAGGAUUUUAUUCGAGGUACAGGCUUCUCUGCUCCUGCUCAGGACGACACACCUGCUGGCCAGGAUGAUCAGAACAAUUUCAAUGAGGCCGCUGCAGCACAAUGGAACGCGGAAGAGCAACUGAACCUGAUGGUUCCGGGCACCAUGACGGGCCAGCUUCCACCCGCGGACCAGCUUCCAUCUGCGGACCAGCUUCCAUCUGCGGACCAGCUUCCAUAUGCGGACCUGCAAAUGCAGGACGACACUGUCGAGGGCUCAGGGAUUGAUGAUUUCAACCAGUCGGGUGAGCAAGCGAAGCAUACCCGCAACUAUGUUGGCCUUAUUGGAGCCCCAUUGGGCAACACGCCUUUCAAGGGCGCAGGGAACAUCACCAUGGUGGAAAUUCUGGCCUUCCUCCCUCGGUGGACCACGAGCCGCGACAUGAUCAACCGUAUUCUAUCAAACGGUGGCCAACAAGGGGUUGCAGCUCAGAUUCUGGUUGCGCACCGUCACAUGCCCCAAGGCUUUGUGACUACCCGGAAUAUGAUGUUGAAGAAGUUCAACCGGCAUAUGCGCAUUGAACACGGCAGCACCUGGAUCCCGCGUAAUCAUGAGAUUCCCGCAGACCAUGACCACGGUUCUAUUGACGUGAGUGGGUUCAAGACGCAGGCCGAGCUUGAAGGGCGGGCGCAGAAGCAGAUCUACAUUGCCUUCAAGGAUCUCGCUGAAGGGGUUACAAAUCUACCCACUGGAGCGGAUUCCUUGGAUCUCACCCGUUGCGUCCAAUACCACAUCGACAACCCGGAUGAGACUUGGACGUUCCCUGAUGAUCUGAAAGAGUUGCUGAAGCACAUUGGUGGACCUCUUCCAGUCACCGACGCACACUUGGAUCGAGCAGUUUUUGAUCGCUACAUGGAUAAACCCCUUCGUCGCCACCGUAAGACCGCGACGUCUGGCAACACGGUGGUGAAGCCCCGCUUGAUGGACGCAGAUCAGGAGCCCAAGAAGACGACUCGGACCAUGGCUAAGACUCCGACUGCUCGCCAGACUCCCACUGUCGACAAGUCUUUCAUUCGCAAGCUCAUUCGCAAGACUCCACUUCAAAAGAUUCGGGACAUAGACUCCGAGUCAAGCGAUGAAGAUUCUUUCCAGGGUUCUAAGUACGCAGAUGCAGUAGGUCGCAAGAACGCCCGUGCCGGUAAGAUUCGUCGUUCUGGUCGCGCUCGUAAGAACCUCUACACCGCACUCGACGAUGAUACUAUUCUGGGCGAGGAGGAAGUCAACAGCCGCAAGCCUACUCGGGGUGCUGGAGUUCUUGCGGACGUGCCUGCUCGUUCUGAAGACGUCGAAAUGCUGGUGGAUGAGAAUGCCUCUGCUGAAAACGACACUCGCGACACUCGAGGUGAGAUCAACGCCCUUGUUGAUAACGAGUCGUCCAGCGACGAUGAUCUAUCCUCCGUGCCCGAGGGUCUCUCCUCCGUUGCCAAUAAUGACGACGUGUCCCCCGAACACGACGCAAACCACGAUGAAGAGCCUGCGGACGAUGAGGCCUCUGAGAACGACGAGGUCUCUGACAGCGAGGCUUCUGACGAUGAAGAUCCUGACAAUGAGGUCUCUGACGACGAGUCGAACUUCUCAGACAGCUCGGAGGACGACCAAGAUAGCAGCGGGACCUACUCAGAUGACGGAGCUAAUCACGCACCUCCGGCGAAGAAGCAGCGUCGCGUCUAUGCCUAG